AACUAAUGCUUGAAAAGUUUAUUUAUUCGGCAUUCGAUGAACAUUACAUAGAUUCAAAUCACUUGAAUUUCAUUGAAUGUGAAAGAAAUUAAAACGUACAAGCAUGUCGAAAGUAGCUGGAUAUGAUACACACGAUGACGGACCAGGUUUCGUCGGUAUUAGAUUUUGCCAAGAAUGUAACAACAUGUUAUAUCCAAAAGAAGAUAAAGAAAACAAAGUACUAAUGUAUGCGUGUAGAAAUUGUGAUUUUAAGCAAUUGGCAGACAGUAAUUGCAUUUAUGUGAACAAAAUUAUGCACGAGAUUGAUGAAUUGACUCAUAUUGUGGCAGAUGUUAUAUCAGAUCCUACUUUACCAAGAACAGAGGAACAUCCGUGUCCAAAAUGUAAUCAUAGGGAAGCAGUAUUUUUCCAAGCACAAACCAGGAGAGCAGAAGAAGAAAUGAGAUUAUAUUAUGUGUGUACUAAUCAGCAUUGUACCCACAGAUGGACGGAAUAAAAUUUUAUUAAUAAGGAUUAGGGUUAAGGUUAAGGUUAGAGAUUUGUAUUUUCCUACAGUACAGACUGUCACAUCAAUAAAUGUUAUUUUUCGUCAUUACCGAAA